GAUUGUGUUCCUCUGCUGGGGCGAUUGAGUCAGGAACUGCACCUGCUGGUUUGGUCUUUCGUUUUAGGGAAGGGAACACAAUCAGCUGGCAAAAGAAUACAGUCCUGUGGCGCUACAGCCAUGAAAGAACUGAGGGCGGCGACAGCCGACAGGGAGCUCUGGCGUGGACUGGUCCAGGAGAUCAGAAAGGACUGAGCGAAUGAAAAAGAAAGAGGAAGAAGGCGCUGACAGAUAAGCUUUGCCCAGCAUAGGGGAGGGUUAACUCGCCAGUGGGCGUGGAGAGAGUGGCGCGUGGCUCAGUCUCGGAAGUUUCGCUCCGGGCAGAUGGAGAGUUGCGCGGCCGGAGAGAUGAGCCUGAAGGCGGUGCUGGAGGAGCGCUACUCGGCCUCGGCGCUGCGUGUCCUGCGGGCGGAGGCGGAGGGGCUGCGGGAGAGGCUGGUCUCGGCGGCGGUGCGGGGCAGGAAGAGGCUCCGGAGGAGGGUGACGGUGGGGCGGACCCCGCUGGGAGAGUGCCUGAGGCAGCUGGAGCAGACCCGGCGCCAGUGGGAGGCCAAGGUCCGAGGAGAGGGCACUCCGCCGAGUGAGGAGGCCCAGGUGACGCUCCUGAACCUCCUGGAGAAGGGCCUGGCCCUGGUGGAGAGGGUGGAGGCCCUGCGGGAGAGGAAGAGCAGGAGGAGCCCGAGGAGGAGGAAGGAGAAGGGCGGGGAAGGGCAGGAGCAGGACCCUGGAGGAGGGGAGCGCUCUGGAGACAGCGCAGCCAGGGAUGGAGCUGGGACCAGGCACAGCCAAGGAGAAGAAGGGGAGGAAGACCCCGGAGAGGAGGAAGGGCACCAUGGGAGCCACACUCAUGAAGGGGAUGGAGACAGUGCGGGUGAGCCUCAGGAUGGAGACGGCGAUGGAGAGGAAGACAAGGGUGCAGCCAGGGAUGGACCUGGUACCAAACACAGCAAGGAAAAGGAAGCAGAGGAAGAACCUGGAGAGGAGGAAGGGCACCAUGGGAGCCACACCCAUGAAGGGGAUGGAGACAGUGCGGGUGAGCCUCAGGAUGGAGACGGUGAUGGAGAGGAAGACAAGGGUGCAGCCAGGGAUGGACCUGGGACCAAAUACAGGAAGGAAAAGGAAGCAGAGGAAGACCCUGGAGAGGAGGAAGGGCACCAUGAGAGAGACAGUGAGGGAGGUGACACUCAUGAAGGGAAGGGAGACAGCGGUGGGAACAAUGAGGGUGAGCAUCAUGAUGGAGACGGUGAUGGAGAGGAAGACAAGGGUGCAGCCAGGGAUGGACCUGGGACCAAAUACAGAAAGGAAAAGGAAGCAGAGGAAAAGCCUGGAGAGGAGGAUGGGGACCAUGAGAGCCACACUCAUGAAGGGGAUGGAGACAGCGGUGGGGACAGUGAGCAUGAGCCUCAUGAUGGAGAUGGUGAUGGAGAGGAAGACAAGGGUGCAGCCAGUGAGGGACCAGGUACCCAACACAGCAAGGGAAAGGACUGGCAGGAAGGAAAAGCAAGCAGUGUCGGGCUGGAUGCUUUGGAGGUGGAGGAGGAGGAAGGACCAUAUCAGUCCCCACUUCAGGAAAACAAGGGAAAGGGUGACCUUGAGGACAACUCUGAUGGAGAUGAAAGUGAUGAGGACAGCAGUCAGGAAACUGGAGAUGAUGACCACCAUGAAGUCGAUGGUGAUGGCAACAGUGAUGAGGGAAAAGAGAGCCGUGCCAGGCAUGAUGCAGCAAGAGAGAAAGGGCAACAUCAGGGCAAGAACUUUGCUCCGGAGGAGAUCUGCCCCAAGGGAGGAGAAGGCAGGGCCUUGCAACCACAGAGGAGCCAGCUGGAGAUGGGAGACCCACAGCCAGGCGGCAAAGGAGGAAAUAUGGACUGUGGUGAAGGUGGUCAAGAUCAUGGUAAGGAUGGAGAUGGAAGCAAACACAGUGAUGGUGACCACAAUGUAGGGAAAGAUGAUGCCAGGUGGGAUGCCCUGAGGGAAGAGGUGAACGAAGCCACCCAGCAUGAGAGCGACAGUGAGGGAGGUGGCAGUCAUGAAGGUGAUGGAGAAAGUGGUGGGAGCAGUGGUGGUGAGCAUCAUGAUGGAGAUGAGGAUCAGGAGGGCAGUUUCUGGGAGGACAGUGAUGAAGAGGAAGAGAAUGGUGACAGGUGUGAUACUCUGUUGAAAGAGACGAACAAACUGGAGCGGGAGAUGGAGGCACUGCAGGACCCCUCGCAAAAGACGGUGGACAUGUGGAGGAAGGAGGCAGAAGAUCUGAGGAGUGAGUACCAUGACAUCUGUUUUGACAUGGCAACAGCUGUAAACAAGAUAGUGAUUGAGUUGUGGUCAGCCCUAUGGCUUAAUACAUUGCGGGCAGUGACUGCCCUUCGGGAAACCUUGAGCCAAUUUUCGCCAGUGGAGGCAGCUGCUUUGAAAGUGGAGUUUGAUUCCUUAAAGGGCUUCGUGGAUGUUGCCUGGAGCCAAGACACAUUAGCGAAGCUGUCCCAUCUUUUUACCUUAGUGUAUGCUCUACAGGGCCUCCCUCUGCCGAAGAAGGGCCUUCCACAUGGUGAUCCACUGAAGGAAGGGGGUUACAUCAUGCUGGAAAUAGAUGCCUGGCGCUCUGUGCUACUGGAGCAGAGUUGGGAGAAGACAGAUGCCCUGCAGGUGAAGGUGGACGCGGUGCAGGGUAUCUCUCCGGAGCAGGCAGGUGAAUUGAAGGUGAAGAUGGGCGCUCUCCAGAAACACAUGGAUCUUCUGUGGAAAGCCCCCCUGAAGGAGAUGAUGGCCUUGCUGGCAGUGGCAUAUGAGCCAUGCCAUAUAUGGUCCUCACGCCCCACCACAAAAGGGAACACCAUAUGGAAGAAAGCAUGUGAUCUUGCACUUUCCCUGAAGGUUCACCUGAAGGAUGUCCCACAGGAAGAACGGCAUCUUCUGUGGGGGGAGGCGACUUCCCAGGAGGCCAUCCUUCAUGAUAUCCCAGUGGAGAAACUGGUGGUGCUGGAAGAGAAAGUGAAUGCAUGUAUUAGGAAGGUGGCGGAUAUGUUGCAGAAUUACCUAUGGAAGUUCUUGAAGUAUUCCUCUCAUAGAGAGCUGGACAAUUGUCAGGAAGAGCUGGAUGAACUACAAAAAGAUCUAGAUUUCCUGCAGCGACAUCCAAAUUUGACAUAUCGGGAAAUCAAGAUGGCUGCCCUGCAUAGGAAGAGGGCUGCCCUGCUUAGGAAGAUGGCUGCCCGGCACAAGGCGGAUGCCUCCCUUGAGGUGGAUGAUGGAGAGAUGUAAGUGGACAGAAUACUAGAGAUGAUAACAAGGUUAAAUGUGUUAGGGAAAUCUCCAAAACAGCAGUGUAGCCAAAAAGAACACACAGGAUACUGAACUGAGCAGUCAGCUCACAGCAAGCAGAAGGUGAAGUGUUGUGACUGUAAAAUAAUUAUUUUGAAAAUAUUUUUAUUGGAUUUUAUAUUCAUAAUCAUAACAGUAGUACAGUAGAGUUUCACUUAUCCAAGACUCGCUUAUCCAAUGUUCUGGAUUAUCCAACGCAUUUUUGUAGUCAAUGUUUUCAAUACAUUGUGAUAUUUUGGUGCUAAAUUCGUAAAUACAGUAAUUACUACAUAGCAUUACUGCGUAUUGAACUACUUUUCUGUCAAAUUUGUUGUAUAACAUGAUGUUUUGGUGCUUAAUUUGUAAAAUCAUAACCUAAUUUGAUGUUUAAUAGGCUUUGCCUUAAUCCCUCAUUAUUAUCCAACAUAUUUGCUUAUCCAACAUUCUGCUGGCCCAUUUACAUUGGAUAAGCGAGACUCUAAUGUAAUGUGGAUUCUAUAUGGCAGUGUAGAAGGGGCCUGAAAAAGCUCUCAUUUUGUUAAACUUUUUUUUUAUUUCUCCAAAAGCAUAAUUGCAAUUGACUGUCACUGUCUGCUUGGUUGCAAUCAGUUACUCUCCACUUUCAUAGCAAUGAGGGAGGAUACUUAAGGUGCAAAAAGAACUUAUAAUGCAAAAGAAAAAAAAAGCUUUCUUAAUUGCUUUUCUUCAAUUAUUCUUCAGAAGUGCAGGUGGGUGUUCUGGCAGAGCUGGAAACCUCAAUGAUUCUGUGCCACCUUUUAUAUCGUAUUCGUGUACUGGAUCGAGGAAUACCUGGCACAGGGAAGUCACUCCAGAGGAGCGCAGCUUAUUAGUACAAAAUUUUGCAAAAACCAUCUCUCCUGAUAAUGACUCAGAAGCAGCAAAGAAGAUCCUGGAGGCUUAUGCCAGGCAAAUAGAAGAGGAGGUCUACAGUGUGGCUGACAGUAAGAUGGAAUAUCACCAUUUAAUGGCAGAGAAGCUUAAUGCGAUGAAUAGGAAGCUAGAUGACACCUUGAGGUCCCCUUCAUCUAACCACGGCAUCAGAAGGAACGAGCAGCCACCUUUACAGGGCCCUUGGAUUCAGCCUUCCGGUGUCACAUCAGUGGCAACAACCACAGGAAAAGCCCAGCCUCUGGAACUGCCCAGCUAUGUUCCCAGUGCUGCAGCUCAGAAGAGACCUCCUUCCGAACUUGAGGUUGCAGACGAUCCAAGCAAAGCCCUUCAAAUACAAG